UGUUGUGCUCAAGUCACCUGUCUAGUUUAGUGGACCAGUUAAGCGCCGCUAUUCAAAUUAUUCAAAUUUUCGUUCUACACCAAGUGUCACUGAAUAGUUGCGCAAGGAUGUGAGGGAAAUUCAACAAACCGAAAAAGAAUUGACUGCUGUGGUAGGCCACAUUUAUAGUUGACUUUAAAACGUGGCAAUAAAUAAUGGCAAACCAUGCGGAAGAGGACACUUUAAGCCCAGAAUCAACAUCCGAGAGAUUGGCCGGUGUUAACAAUAUCACCAUUCCGAGCAGUUGGAACGAGACGGGAUACGAAUCAUACCCUCCAUCGCUCGACGGCAUCCGCCAGUUCAUUCAUCUCGCUUGUAUCUGGAUCGGAUCGCCGCUGAACGUCAUGGUGGCCAGUGUAAUUAUUCGACAACGUCGAUUAAGAAAUCCACGCAAUACUUUCUGGUUGGGCGUCAUUUUCUGUAAUUUAUUGGCUUUCGCCAACGCGGUGAUCGAAUAUAUUGCGUUCGAGCAGCUGAACGUAACAGCUUGUUUGAUCUUCCGCAUCACUGCCGGAAUCCCAUAUACGUUGUUGCUAGUCAACUUGCUUCUGGCCACGUUGGAUCGAUGGGUUGCUUUGACCUAUCCGCUAUUUCAUCGAGAAACAAUCACCGUCAAACUUGUCAUCGUUGUUCAAAUAUGUUUCUGCACAGUCGUCAUUUUACUGUCUACUUUACCUUACUGGACCAAAAUGAUUCCGCUGAUGGGUUGCGGCGUUGAUCCCAGAGUUCUCGAAUGGACCACGAUCGUCUUUUUGAGUCUUACGUUGCUUAGCAUAAUGGCUCAAGUGCAGAUUUACUGCAGAGCUAGGACCUGUCUGAGAAGGGAUCUAACCCACCAGCUCUUCAACCACCAUCAACACCGCAUCAAUCGACUUGAAUUGGAAGCGACAGUCACGUUGGUAUGCGGAGUCAUGUCUCUAUGUCUCUUCAGUCUUCCGUAUUCGGCGAUUUCCAUGGGUGACUGGAUUUGCCGUCGUUACCUUCAUCCAUUUUCUCCUAUUCCACACCACAAUUGGUGCUCGGCGGUGCAGUCUACUCUGCCGUAUCUUCGCGAACUGUUUUUAAUACAUAGCGUUUAUAAUCCCAUCAUGUACAUGAUUCGUAGUCGAGAAUUCACCAACGCUCUAUGCUCCAUUAUCACUUGUCCGGAGAGCCCCAAAGCGUGA